AUAGACAGAGAGAGACCCGGCUGGUGGGCGAGAUUAUGAUAGAUGUGACAGAAAGUUCGUCGUGCAGAGUCAGAUGUGAGGCACUAAUUUCCUCGUAUACAACUAGUACGCACCCUUCAGCUCAUUCUAUCUGAACUAUAAUCCCGGGAUGGAAGAGCCGAUAUAAAAGAAAAAGGAGCGUUUUUCUAAAGAAUACAAAUUAUUCAGCGUUGAGGACCAAAUAGCAGAACAUACGUGGAAUAUACAGCUGGUUGGAACGAGGUUCUUCCACUAUGGGCUGUGUGGGGUCCAAGGGGCAGCAGGAUCCCAGCAGCAAAGGUGUGGUCAAUGAUGACUCUCUGAACCAGACUCAGACAACCCACUACGUCAAAGACCCCACCACAGGGACCAAGGCUAACAGAACCAUCACCGUUGCCCCUCCAGUCCCCUCUAAUGGUACUGAGAGCAUUGCCAUUGCACUGUAUGACUAUGAGGGUGUAAAUGAUGGAGACCUGGACUUCAAGAAGGGAGACAAGCUUAAAAUCUUACAGGAAUCUGGAGAAUGGUGGAGAGCACAGUUAAUUAGCACAGGCAAGGAAGGCUACAUCCCCAAUAACUAUGUAGCCAUAGACAGACUUGAAACCGAAGAGUGGUUCUAUAAAGGAGUGAGCAGGAAAGAUGCAGAGAGGCAGCUGCUAGCGUCAGCAAACAAAACGGGAUCGUUCAUGAUCCGUGACAGUGAGACCACCAAGGGCAGCUACUCCUUAUCCGUAAGGGACAGUGAUUCCCAAUCAGGAGACACAGUCAAGCAUUACAAGAUCCGUACACUGGAUAACGGUGGCUUCUACAUCUCUCCACGCAUCACCUUCAACAACCUGCAGGAACUGGUCAGCCACUAUAAAAAGCAGGGAGAUGGUCUGUGCCAGGCCUUGACCAGCCCCUGCCUCAGUCCCAAGCCCCAGAAGCCCUGGGAGAAGGAUGCCUGGGAGAUCCCUCGGGAGUCCCUCAAACUUGAUAGGAAGCUCGGGGCUGGCCAAUUCGGAGAGGUCUGGAUGGCUACAUACAACAAGCACACCAAGGUGGCAGUGAAGACCAUGAAGCCUGGCACCAUGUCGGUAGAGGCUUUCCUGGACGAGGCAAACCUGAUGAAGGCCUUGCAGCACGACAAGCUGGUCCGUCUGAACGCUGUGGUUACCAAAGAGGAACCAAUCUACAUCAUCACAGAGUUCAUGGAAAAGGGCAGUUUGCUGGACUUCUUGAAGAGUGAUGAGGGCAACCGUGUGCAGCUCCCCAAACUCAUUGACUUCAGUGCACAGAUUGCAGAAGGAAUGGCCUACAUCGAGCAGAGGAACUAUAUUCACCGAGACCUGCGUGCCGCCAACAUCCUGGUCUCGAAGGCUCUGGUGUGCAAGAUUGCUGACUUUGGCCUCGCUCGAAUCAUCGAGGACAAUGAGUACACAGCCAGGGAAGGAGCAAAGUUCCCUAUCAAAUGGACGGCCCCAGAGGCAAUCAACUUUGGCUCCUUCACCAUCAAAUCAGAUGUCUGGUCCUUUGGCAUCCUACUGACCGAGAUCAUCAGCUAUGGACGCACACCAUAUCCAGGUAUGACAAACCCAGAAGUGAUUCGCUCUCUGGAGAGCGGCUACCGCAUGCAGCGCACCGACAGCUGUCCACAGGAACUCUAUGACAUCAUGUUGGAGUGCUGGAAGAACAAGCCCGAGGACCGGCCCACCUUUGAGUAUCUGCAGAGUGUCCUGGAGGAUUUCUACACUGCAACAGAGAGCCAGUACCAGCAACAGCCAUGAUCCAGAAUGAUUCAGGCAGAUACCUACUCUCUCAUACUCUUAUACAAAUGGACAUGUGUACAGACAAACCUACAGAGAAAAAAGGGCAUCUGAACAUGUUUCAGAUGGUUCCUUAUGAAAUAUGGCAUUUACUGUAACUUAGUGAAGUAUGACCUAACAAAUUUAUUACAGUGAUUCAUGAAAUGGCUGAGUGUAAGGCGUUUUCAACAUUUUUAUUUAUUUAUAUUUCAUUUGCAUAUCGUGUUGGGUGACUUUACCUUCCCUUCCCCUUUGUAGUUAGCUCUGCCAGUCCUGUUUGUUUGUUUGUUGUAUGAAUUAACUGUGCUCUAACUAUGUAUUUUUGAAUUUGCUUUGCAUACACGCCCAGAAAUUGCACAAAAUGAGAUUUCCUAUGUAUAUUGCCCAGGGCAUACAGUAUAUUGGAAAAUGUUAUUUUUAUUCUGGCAUAUACCAUUGAAUCACUAUAAUUCACUGAACAAGCACUGGAGUACAACAGUAUAAUCUUUUAAUUUAAUCUUUUGAUUGUCUAUUUGGUAAGGUGAUUAAUUUAUUCAAGCCAAGAGUACCUGUCCAUUCUCUAUACUGAAUGCACAAUAUAUACACAAAAGUAUGUGGACACCCCUUCAAAUGAGUGGAUUUGGCUAUUUCAGCCAUACCCGUUGCUUACCGGUGUAUAAAUCGAGUGUACAGUCAUUCAAUCUCCCUAGACAGAUAUUGGCAGUAAAAUGGCCUUACUGAAGAGCUCAGUGAAUUUCAACUUGGCACCGUCAUAGUCAGUUGGUCAAAUGUCUGCCCUGCUAGAUCUGCCCCAGUCAACUGUAAGUGCUGUUAUUGUGAAGUGAAAACGUCUAGGAGCAAUAACAGCUCAGCUGCAAAGUGGUAGGCCACACAAGCUCACAGAACAGGACCGGUGAGUGCUGAAGCACGUAGCCCGUAAAAAUCUUCUGUUCUCUGUUGCCAAAAUGUAGUUCUGUCCUUGAGCUGUUUUUGUCUAUUCAUCUUCUGUAUUACGUCAUGUUUCAUGUUCUGUGUUAGACCCCAGAAAGAGUAGCUGCGGCUUACAAAACAGCUAAUAAGGAUCUUAAUAAAAUACUCACUACCGAGUUCCAAACUGCCUCUGGAAGCAAUGUCAGCACAGUAACUGGUCGUCGGGAGCUUCAUGAAAUGGGUUUCCAUGGCUGUGCAUAGUGCCAACUGUAAAGUUUGGUGGAGGAGGAAUAGUGGUCUGGGGCUGUUUUUCAAGGUUCGGGCUAGGCCCCUUAGUUCCAGUGAAGGGAAAUCAUAAUGCUACAGCAUAGAAUGACAUUCUGGAUGAUUCUGUGCUUCCAACUUUGUGGCAACAGUUUGGGGAAGGCCCUUUCCUGUUUCAGCAUGACAAUACCCCCCGUGCACAAAGCAAGGUCCAUACAGAAAUGGUAUGUUGAGAUCGGUGUGGAAGAACUUGACUGGCCUGCACAGAGCCCUGACCUCAACCCCAUCGAACACCUUUGGGAUGAAUCAGUGCCCAACCUCACUAAUGCUCUUGUGGCUGAAUGGAAGCAAGUCCCCUCAGCUAUGUUCUAACAUCUAGUGGAAAGCCUUCCCAGAAGAGUGGAGGCUGUUAUGACAGCACAUGGGGGGACCAACUCCAUAUUAAUGCCCAUGUGUUUGGGACGAGAUGUUCCAAACACAUGUAGAGUAUAUACGGUGCCUUCGGAAAGUAUUCUUGAAUUUUUCCACGUUUUGUUACAUUACAGCCUUAUUCUAAAAUGUAUUAAAUAAAUACUAAAAUGCUCAGCAAUCUACACACAAUACCCCGUGAUGACAAAGCAAAAACAGGUCUUUAGAAAACAAAAAUACAUUUCUUACAUAAGUAUUAAGAACCUUUGUUAUGAGACUCGAAAUUGAGCUCAGGUGCGUCCUGUUUCCAUUGAUCAUCCUUAAGAUGCCUGUGGUAAAUUCAAUUGAUUGGACAUGAUUUGGAAAGGCACACACACCUUUCUAUAUAAGGUCCCACAGUUGACAGUGCAUGUCAGAUCACAAACCAAGCCAUGAGGUUAAAGGAAUUGUCCAUAGCGCUCCAAGACAGGAUUGUGUCGAUGCACAGAUCUGGGGAUGGGUACAAAAAAAAUGUCUUUGGCAUUGAAAGUCCCCAAGAACACAAUGGCCUCCAUCAUUCUUAAAUGGAAGAAGUUUGGAACCACCAAGACUCUUCCUAGAGCUGGAAGCCCGGCCAAAUUGAGCAAUCGGGGGAGAAGGGCCUUUGUCAGGGUGGUGGCCAAGAACCUGAUGGUCUCUCUGACAGAGCUCUAGUGUUCCUCUGAGGAGAUGGGAGAACCUUCCAGAAGGACACCCAUCUCUGCAGGACGCCACCAAUCAGGCCUUUAUGGUAGAGAAGCCAGACUGUAGCCACUCCUCAGUAAAAGGAUGUCACGCCCUGACCUUAGAGAGACGUUUUAUUUCUCUAUUUGUUUAGGUCAGGGUGUGAUUUGGGUGGGCAUUCUUUGUUUUCUAUUUUUGGCCGAUUGUGGUUCCCAAUCAGAGUCAGCUGUCUAUCGUUGUCUCUGAUUGGGAAUCAUACUUAGCCAGCCUUUUUCCCACCUAAUGUUGUGGGUAAUUAUUUAUUUUCUGUGUGUGCUUGUGUGCGCCACGGUUGCAUCACUUUCGGUUUCUGUUUACCUGUUUUUUUGUGAAGGUUUCACUUUAUUAAAGGUUUCACUUUAUUAAAGAUGUGGAAUUACAUGCAUGCUGCGCCUUGGCUCAUCUAUGACAGAGAGUUUGAAGACAGUGAACGUGACAAGGGAACAUGACAGCCCGCUCGGAGUUUGCCCAAAGUCACCAAAAGACUCUCAGACCAUGAGAAACAAGAUUCCCUGGUCUGAAGAAACCAAGAUUGAACUCUUAGGCCUGAAUGUCAAGUGUCACGUCUGGAGGAAACCUGGCACCAUCCAUACGGUGAAGCAUGGUGGUGGCAACAUCAUGCUGUGGGUAUGUUCUUCAGUGGCAGGGACUGGGAGAUUAGUCAGGAUCGAGGGAAAGAUACUUGAUGAAAACCUGCACAGGGCGCUCAGAACCUCAGAUUGGGGCGUAGGUUCACCUUACAACAGGAAAAUGACCCUAAGCACACAGCCAAGACAACGCAGGAGUGGCUUCAGGACAAGUCUCUGAAUGUCCUUGAGUGGCCCAGCCAGAGCCCGGACUUGAACCCGAUCGAACAUCUCUUGAGACCUGAAAAUAGCUGUGCAGCAACGCUCCCCAUUCAACCUGACAGAGCUUGAGAGGAUUUGCAGAGAAGAAUGGAAGAAACUCCCCAAAUACAGGUGUUCCAAGCUUGUAGCGUCAUACCCAAGAAGACUUGAUGCUGUCAUCGCUGCCAAAGGUGCUUCAACAAAGUACUGAGUAAAGGGUCUGAAUAAUUAUGUAAAUGUGAUUUCAGGUUUUUUGUAUUUUUAAAUGAGCAAAAAUGUCAACCUGUUUUUACUUUGUCAUUAUGGGGUACUGGGAGGGAAAAAACAUUUAAUACAUUUUAGAGUAAGGCUGUAACAUUACAAAAUAUAGAAAAAGUCAAUGGGUCAGAAUACUUUCCGAAGGCACUGUAUAGGCUACACAGGGUAAUAAUGUGAGAUAUUGUGAGGGACAAUGUGACAUUUUUAGAAAACGCAAUUUUGUUAUUUGCUUUGUUUUUUAACGCUUUUAUGUAGGCCACUGUUAUCAUUUAACUAACUUGGCUGAAUAAUUUGUGCAUUUAGAUAGACAAUUGACUGCACAGACAUUCAAUGGUGGAUAGGGGAUCUUUUCAUAUGAACAAUGUUUUUUUUUAAACAAAAUGCUUUUUGAUAUUUUGUUAUAGAUGCUUGUAAGUGCAAUAAAGAAAAUUAGUUAAA